AUGGCGGACGAGUUCGCUGAAAUUAGCGACGACAUUGAAAAACUAAAAUCGAUAGUACGAAAAUCCUUUGCUCGUAUAUAUGCCUCGUUAAAAGCCAGAGAGCUUAAAACAUUACGACAGCUAGAAGCAAUUUAUAAACAUUGCCAAGACAACGAAGAUCAAAAAAAAAAUUGCGUUAAAAGUAUAGAGAUUUCUUAUGACAAUGAAUCUGAACUAUUGAACAACAUAGGUAAAUACGGCGCUGUUGAAUUUGAUAAUUUAAAUUUCGAUAGUAGUACUUUUUUACUGGAGGAUUAUGUAAGUCCAUACGACGAUCACAUGUAUUUGUAUAAAAGUAUUGAAGAUAUGAAGGAAUUAGAGAUAAUAGAAGAAGCAGCAUUAAAAGAAAUAACUAAAAACGAAGACUGUGUAUGUAAUGUUACGAUAAGGCCUGAAGAUGUUGCCAAAAACUUUAGAAACAUGGAGCCUGAUGAAGCUACAAUAGAAUGCAAUAGCAAAGAAGAUCUGGAUACUAGUAUAAACACAGUUGAGACUAGCAGCCAAGAUGAUACAAGUGAAAGUUCAGAGAAUGAUGUAAAAAAAAUAGAACCUACAGAAGAUUGGCUCAACACUAUAAAGAAUCAGACUGAAACUGAGCCUUUGCACACUACAGACCUUAUGGAACAUAGCACUAUUGUUUGCACUUAG